AUCCCACACUACCAAAAUCAACUCAUCUUUUGUCCCUCCCAAGAAAAAUGUUGAGCAACAUAGUGUUUUCAAAAGUUACGAUCAUACUAUGGCUAUCGAGCAUAUUGCUCACACCAGCACAAUCACAUCAACGAUGGUUGUCAGCAUUCCACCCACCCAAAGACCUUGCUCCAAAGUUUACUCGUAACCCUCAAGCCCUUUUACUAGCUUCAACCGAUUAUGGACACGUAGUUCACAAGACCCCAUGGGCAGUUUUUGAGCCAUGUUCCGUUGGUGAUAUCUCGAGCUUGAUAAAUUUCUCAAACUCUCUUCCCACUCCUUUCACCAUAGCCACUAGAGGCCAAGGCCACUCGGUUCUUGGACAAGCCAUGACGCGAGAUGGGGUGGUGCUGAAUAUGACACACCUCAGCAAUUUCAAACAUGGGUCAGGGAUUUUAGUGUCUUGUUUUCCAUUGGGUUAUUGUUAUGCUGAUGUAGGUGGUGAACAAAUGUGGAUUAAUGUGUUGAAUGCAACCCUUAAACAUGGACUCACUCCUCUGUCUUUCACUAACUACUUGUAUUUGUCGGUUGGAGGCACGCUCUCUAAUGCUGGCAUCAAUGGUCGAACCUUUCGAUUUGGACCUCAGAUAUCUAAUGUUCUUGAAUUGGACGUUGUUACGGGU